AUGCCGCCAAACAUGAGAGGAAGAGGAAGGGGACAAGGAGCAUAUGUAGCCCCAAACGACCAUGAAGCCGGACCUUCGCACAGGCGAACACCUUCGGGCUCCCAUAACACAGAUGCUCAGAAUCUGUGGAGGUCUUUUACUGAACCCGCAAGGCACUCGGUUUCACAGAGUACCUCACCUUCUAUCCCACACUCCUUUGGGCCUCAAUCAGAAAAUGAGCCCCACAACUCUCACCAGUCCUAUAUUCCUCUCCAAGGACACCAAUCACCCUUUGACCAACCAUCACCUGUUUUCCAAGGCCUGUUCAACCCUGCUGACUACCUUGAUGUGCCUAUGGGUUUUAACCCACUUGGACCAGAAGACCAUUUCCCUGGCGACAAUGUGAUGGAGGUCAACGAAGAUACCGAUCCCUCAAUGCCACCAUCUGGAACUCCGGACCACCCUAUCGAGAUUUCUGAUGGGUCACCUUUUGUGGGAUCACCAUACAAUGGUCCCGACAGCUUUGAGGAGAGGUUCAGGCAGCAUGACUGGACUUUUCCCCCAGGUUAUAACUUUACAGAGGAUCCCUACUGGGUAGCUGCGAACUACAACUCUCUCAAUCCGGAAGGUACUUUUGGAGGUCCCUGGGCUACGGGACAAUCGACCUAUGGAUACCCAUCAUAUGGAUAUCAGCAGCCGCAGCCUCCUCAACCACCGCAAUAUCCGCUACCACCACCGGCACCGAUGAUGUCGCCGCCACAAGUUCAAGAAAUCCUUCAAGGGAUAAAUGAUGUGCGACGUGAGAUGCGGCAUGAGUUACGGGUCGGCAUAAUCGUGGGAUGUUUAAGAAGAUGGUUGAUUUAA